AUGGGGGCCGACGACGAGGCCACACAGCUGGCGGAUGCGGCCAAGCUCCCGUGGGACGACAGGUUCAAGCACUCGUUCUGGAAGGCGCGCGUUGCUGCGUACGAGUGCGUCGUCAAGGAGGCCAAGCUCUCGCAAGAAAUCGCGUCGAGCGCGUGUUUGAAGGCUUUCGGCGAAUGCGCUAAGAACGCCGCCGGAGAUGCCAACGCCAACGCGCUUGACUUCGGCCUCGAUGCUCUCAACGCGUUCCUCGCCGUCGCGGACGAGGACUACGCCAGGACGCACUCGGCGGGCAUCCUCGCAAACGUCGUCGCGAAGGGCAUGGGCGGACGGCCCAAGACGGUGGAUCGCGCCACGGAGACGUGCAUGCUGCUGCUGGAGCUGGAGUGCGGCGAUGCAGUGGUGGACGCGCUGCUGAAGGGAUCCGCGCACAAGGUUCCCAAGCUCGCGCUCGCGUGCGUCGAGGCCAUGCGCAUCUCCGUGAAGGAGUUCGGGACGCCCGCGGUGGUGCCGCCCAAGCCGAUCCUCAAGGGAAUCGCGCCCCUGUUCGACUCCAAGGACGCCAAGGUUCGCGGCGCGGCGAAGGAUCUCACCGUGGAGCUCACCAGGUGGCUCGGCCACGAUGCCGUGCGCAGGGAUCUGAUCGAGAAGAUGAGGGGCACCAUGCAGGCGGAGGUGCAAGCCGCCGCGGAAGCCAUCGAGAUUGGCCGCGCGGUUCGUCAACGGCUCACGCGCGAGGAGCGUGCCAACCCGCCGCCGGACACGGCUGGCGUCGACGCCAUGGACGUAGACGGCGGCGACGGCGCGGUGGUCGUCGCGACGGACGCCGCCCCGAGACUCCCCGACGCGUACGAGUUUGCCGACCCGGAGUCCAUCCUCGACAAGCUCGAGAAGCAGCCGAAGGACAAGGAGACCCCGAAGUUCUGGGACGCGGUGAACUCCGCCAAGUGGAAGGAACGUCUGGACGCCAUGACGCGGCUGAAGGAGCUCGCGGACGCGCCGAGGCUCGCAUCCGGCGACUACGGCGACGUCGCCAGGGCGCUCAAGAAAAUCGUCACCAAGGAUGCCAACAUCGCGUGCGUGGGCGAGGCGUGCGCGGCGGCCGGGGCGCUCGCCAAGGGCCUCCGCAAGGAAUGGACCAGGGAGGCGAAGGUACUGCUGCCCGGCAUGCUCGACAAGCUCAAGGAUAAGAACUCGUCCGUGGUGCAAAAGAACCAGGACGCGCUUCUCGAAUUUUCCAAGCACUGCUUCUCGCUGGCGGACGUCGCCGACGACGUCCUCGCCGCGCUCGCCCACAAGAUGCCCAAGGUGCCGCAGCAGACCCUGCUGUGGAUCGCCACCGCGGCGCGUGAGAUGAAAACCAACACCACCGCGACGACGCACGCGCAGAGGGCGCUCCUCCCCGGGGUGCUCAAAUGCGUCGACGCGGCUAACCCGGACGUCAGAGCCGCAGCCAUCGAAGCCAUCGCGGGGCUGGCUCGAGCCGGCGGGGGGUACAAGUCCGUGGCCAGGGCCGUCGACGAGCUCGACGACGCCAAGAAGUCGAAGAUCGAGGAGAUGUGCGCACAGACGGGGGGAUCCUCGGGGGGAGGGGCGACGGGACCGGCGCCGCUUCAAACGCGCAACCCCAACGUCGCGAGCGUACCCGCCGCGACGCUCGCAGCCGCCAAAACCGCGGCGUCUCGAAGCGGGCCCACCGGUCCGCUCACCAGGCCAAGCGCCGCCGCGCCCAAGCGGUCCGUCGCGGCGGCGUCCGGCGCGGCGUCCGGCGCCGUCGGGUCCAACUCCGAGGCUGACGCCGACGUCGCCGAGGGCGCGCCGGCGUCGAAGGAGGAGCUGGUCGAGCGAGCGUCUCGUCUGUACGCCGCGGACGUCGUCGCGAAGCUGCAGUCGAGCAACUGGAAAGAGCGGGUCGAGGGCGUCGCCGCCGUGGCGGCGUCGGUCGACGCGAUGUCGGACGAGGACGCGGGCGCCGCCGCGGGCGAUACCAUCCGCGCGCUCGCCUGCUUCCCCGGCUUUGACGACAAAGUUUUCCAGGUUCUCGCAAAGGUGUUCGAGGUUUUUGGAUCCCUCGCGGCCAAGGCGCCCAAGUUCUCGAAACGCGACGGGGCCAUCGCGGUGCAGGGACUCGCGGAGAAAAUCGCGGACGUGAAGCUCCGAGCGCCGGCGUCCGCUGCGCUCACCGCCGUCGCGGAGGCGCUCGGCCCCAAGUUUGUCAUGGCGCAGCUUCACAAGCGGACGGCGUCGCACAAGAACCCCAAGGUGACCGCCGAGUCGCUCCUAUGGUGCGCGGGCGCCGUCGAGGAGUUCACCGUCGCCGUGGUGGACGUCUCGUUCGUCAUCGCGUGGUGCAAGCAGUCGCUCGCCAUGUCCAACCCCGCGUGCAAGUCCGCGGCUGGCAAGGUUCUCGGCGCCAUGCACGCGGGUCUGGGCCCGGGGCUGAAAGAUUUCCUAGCCGACCUCAAGGACUCGCAGCUCAAGACGCUGGAGGCUGAGUUCGCGCGUAACCCUUACGUCGGCCCCGCGAUGGUCGGCACGAGGAAGGUACGAGCGGAUGGGACGGAGGGGGCGUCCGUCUCGGCGGCGGCCGACGGCGGCUUGCCCCGCGCCGACAUCUCCGGAAAAAUCACCGAAAAAUUGAUCAAGGAGAUGGGCGAUCCCAGCUGGAAGGUUCGCGCCGCCGCGGUGGACGCCGUGAACGAGAUCCUCGACGAGUCGGCGAAGCGCAUCGGGCCCAACACCGGCGACCUCAUGCCCUCGCUGGCCAAGCGAUUCUCCGACGCGAACCGCAACCUCGCGGCGAAUGCGCUCGCCACGGUUGGCGCCGUCGCGUCCGCGAUGGGCGCACCCGUCGGCGAGAGGCGUCACGGCCACGGUCUCGUCCCCGAGAUUGUCAAACAGUUCGGUGACAGCAAGGCGUCCGUCCGCACCGCCGCGGCUGGCGCGCUGGAGGCGUGGAGCGCGGCCGCGGGGCUGGGCAAGACUCUCCCUUACGUCGCGGACAAGAUGGUCGAACUCUCGGGGAAGAUGAGCGGCGACGGCAAAUCCGAUGCGCUCGCCUGGAUCCUGACCGCGGUGUCCGGGGACGACGCCGCGGUGACCGAGGACGACCUCGCGAACGCGAUCGCCGCGGCGGCUGCGGGCCUGGGGGAUAAAAACGCAGCCGCGAGAGCCGCGGGCGGCGGGGUGGUUGACGAGGUGAUUCGUCGCGUGGGUUCCGCCGGCGCCGCGCGCCUCCUCGCCGCGUCGAGCCUCCCACCCGCGCUCAAAUCCGCGGUGUCCGCGCACGUGGAGAAGAGCGCGCUCCACGCGGUGUCCGCGUCCGCGCCCGGCUCGCUCAACCCCUCGCCGUCCACGUCGCCGGUGAGGACGGAGGGUCACCGUUCGCGACCGUCGACGGCGCGGGGAGCGGCGGCGAGGAGCAGCCUCCGCGCGUCCCGCGUCGGCGGCGUUCGAGCGUCCGCGUCGGGCCUGCCCCCCGUCGCCGCCGGGGCGGUGGCAUCCGGACCCGUGCUCGUCGCAGACGGCACUGAGAAGGAGGCGAGGCUGAGGAAGCUGCCCAGGAAACCCGUCAAAUUUGAGGGUAUGCGCGACGACGAAAUCAAACACGCGGAGGAUGACCUCAAGGCGGCGUCCGCGCCCCACGUCCGCGCGGAUGUUCACGCGCUCCUCUUCGGGAAAGACUUCAGGGCGCACAUCCAGGCUGUGGAGCACCUCGAGGCUGCGCUCAGCGAGAGCCCGGACGCGGUGGAGGGGACCCUGGAUCUGCUCCUGCGAUGGGUAGUUCUCCGCCUGUGCGAGCAGGCGCCGAAUACGCAAUCUCUGCUGAAGGUUUUGGACUUCACCGCGGACGCGCUCGCGGUCGUCAAGGACCGCGGCGCGAGGCUGAGCGAGCAGGAGGGCGCGCUCUUCCUCCCCGCGCUCGUGGACAAGUGCGGGCACCCCAUGGAAGCCGUGAGGGAAAAAUUCAGGCGAAUCGUUCGACUCGUCCCCGGGGUUUUCCCCGCGUCGAAAGUCGCGGGCUACCUCGUGCGCGGCCUCGACUCGAAGAACACCAAGACCCGCCUCGAGGUUCUCGACGUCAUGGGAUCACUGAUGGAGCGACACGGCCUGGACGUCGUGGAGCGCGCGGGUAACAGGGCUCUGGCGGAGGUUGCCAAGCUCGCGGACCAGGCCAGGGACGUCGGCAUGAGGAGCGCGGCGCUCGCGUGUCUGGUCACGGCGUACAAGGUUGGCGGCGACGACGCGUGGAGGCACCUGGGCAGGUUGAGCGAUUCGCUUCGGGACGCGCUGGAGGACAAGUUCGCGAAAGCCGCGAGGGAGAUGGAGAGGAGGAACGAGGGCCUCCCGGGGGGGUGGACCAGGGGCGUCGAGAAGCCGAGCGGCUCCCCGAUUGCGGCGAUGGCGUCGGCGGUGUUCCGACCGGUGCAGGCCAUGGUCUCCACGAUGUCGUCGGUGCUCCCCGGUCGGCGGCAACACGCGACGUCGGGCCCCGCGCCGGAGCCCGCGCCGGAGGAGGAGCGGGAGGAGGAGGAGGAGCCCCCGGAGCGGGAGGAACCGCCGCCGAUGGAGGUUCGUCUGGCUGGCUGGACCCGAUCGCUCGACUCCGUCGCGAGCGUCAGCGACGCGGUGGCCGUGGAGGGUAUGAAAUCGCUGUGCCAUGAGGUCAUGGCGGCCGUCGGCGACGGCGAGAUGCUCAGCGCCAUGGCGCCGGAUUCCGACCGACUCGUGGGCCUCCUCGCCGACCGCGUGUCCCCGAUUUUUGACGCCGCCGUCGCCGCGCCGGGCCCGUCCACGACCCGCGCGUGCAAGUACGUCCUCAACACCAUGAUGCAGGUGUUCCAGGAGCCCACGCUCGCGGCGUCCGUCGGGGAGGAGAACGAGCGCGCGACCGUCGCCGUGCUUCUGGAGAGGCUUCUCGAUCCAAACGUGCCCAAGAUGGAGGAGGGGCCUCAGCUCGUCAAGGCUCUCAACGUGCUCAUGCUCAAGCUCUUGGAGCACUGCCCGCGCACGAACUCCUUCCGUGCGCUGCUCAGGCUCCUCGCCGACGCGCCGGAGUCCGUCGCGGACGAGCCCGCCGCGCUGGUCAAGUUCCACGACCUCGUGGUCAAGUGCCUGAUCAAGCUCACCAAAUCCUUGGGCCAGAACCUCGACGCGGUGAACCUACCGACGCUGCUCGGCGACGUGCACGCGUUCUUCCACUCCCUCGGCGUCGACGAGAUUCGCCGCCGCGGACAGUGCGACGAUAAGCCGCUGCGCAUGGUGAAGACCAUCCUGCACGAGGUGUGCAAGCUGGUGGGCCACGACGUGUGGGACGCGCUCAGUCUGUGUCCCCCGAGGGAUUCAAACCCCGCGCCAAUCGUGUACGCGUACGUGGAGCUGAACCUGCAGUCGAUGCCGGACGCGCCGGGGGAGCCGCGAGCGGCGCCAAUAGCGGCGCCAUCGCCAAAGGCACCCACACCCGUCAAGGCGGCACCCGCGCCCGUCAAGGCACCCGCGCCCGUCAAGGCACCCACGCCCGUCAAGGCACCAACGCCCGUCCAGGCGGCACCCGCGCCCGUCCAGGCGGCACCCGCGCCCGUCCAGGCGGCACCCGCGCCCGUCCAGGCGGCACCCACGCCCGUCCAGGCGGCACCCGCGCCCGUCCAGGCGGCACCCGCGCCCGUUAAGGUCCCGUCGCCUGAGGCUUCCACGUCCAAGGCUGCGGCGACCCCCGCGACGGCGCCCCGCGCGUUGAGGACCCCCGCGGCGGCGGCGACCCCAAUCGGCGGCGGCGACGUCGAGAUGACGGACGCGCCCGCGCCGACCCCCGUCUCCGCGGACCUCAAGUCGCGGCUCGCGGGCAUCUUCAAGAAGAUCGGCGAGAAGGCGACGACGGCGAGGGGGUUGGAAGAGCUGUGCGACUUCUCCACGGCGCAUCCGACGGUUGACAUUCAGCCGCACCUGGCCCGCACGUCGGGCGCGUUUCAGAAUUACAUCAAGCGCGGUCUCGGUAAGGUGGAGGCGGCUCGAGCGGCGCAGGCCGCGAGCGCGGGUUUCGGCGGCGCGAUCGGCGGGUCCGCGUCUCUCAUCGCGCCGUCGCCCGUCCCGGACAUGGACAGGAGCGCGGCGGAGGUGUAUCGCGAGCGGCUGGCGAGGAUGGCGGCGGCGAAGGGGUCCGCGGGGCCCGGCUCCGCGACGGCCUCCUCGGGAUCGCGACCGGGCCCGAGCGCGGGGCUGACGACGCUGCGGGAGAGGAUGGAUCGCAUCGCGGCCAAGGCUUCGGGGAACGGUCCGAUCUCGGGAGGAGCGGGUUCGACCUCCGAUAGGACCCCGGACCACGCCGAGGCGUUUAACGACCUUCAGGCGCGAAUGGCAAAGAUUAGAGCGGGCCGCGAGCAGUGA